CGAUUCGAGUUGCAGAGCUUUGGAGAACGGAUUAGAACUCAAGAUGAACUCGGGGCUCCCGAAGAGACCCAGUCCCUCUCGCCAAACGUGUCUCCCGUCCAAGAGAGCCAAAUCUCUUCGUGCGUGUUUCGCAUGUAGGAAGCAGAAAUGCAAGUGUGAAUAUCGAUUUGGUCACGACCAUGUCUGCCAGCGCUGUCGCGCGAUGAACCUGACCUGUGUCUUUGACAGCGAAGAAGAGACAGCCGCUCUCCUUUCUCUUGACCAAGAGCGCGACUCCGACCAGAACUCACAACAUCCCUCCAAUGCAGAGGACCAUCGUAGAAGUAUCGCGAGCAGGAACGAUGCUUCUUCAGACCAAGUAUACCGUGAUCUAUCAGCCCGCGUCGUCGCCCUGGAAGCCACUGUCGCUACCCUUCUCGUUCGUCAAGACUUGCCAUCCGGUUCAUCGGCUUCUUCAGAACGGUCGGUCCCUCGCGUGUCCGACAGUGCUGUUAGUACAACAGGCUCUACGACAUCGACUUCGCCUAGCACGUCUACUGCCGGAGGAUACUUCGAGGAUUCUUGUCUCGCUGGCAGGGUCUCUCUUCUGGAGCACGACGUGAAGUUAGCGCAUACUUCAACCGACUUCCGAGACCUGUCCAUGGAUGGUACGGUCUCCUCCAAGCUCGGUGAAGAGUUGUUUCAGAUCUUUCGAGACUACUACCAGCCGUGGCUCUCGUUCUCCGUCCCUUUGCCGCCCAAGUCUGCCCUUCUGCUUUCCACAGUCUACAUCCUCGCUUCACGACACAUUUCCACUCAAACCACCUCCAUCUUUGAACAUCUACUGCCCACAUUCCAAUCUCGCUUACUCACAUGCUUCCUCGCCAACCCUGGUACUCUCAACGUUGACACCAUCCAAGCCCUCUCGAUCCUUAGCCUUUGGUUUCCGUUCACCACUAAUGAGCUUCCGAGCAUCGUGGGAGGUUCUUCCGCAAAUUCGAUUCCCCACCUGUGGGAAGCGCAAUGCAGCUUGCAGGCGCUAGCGCGGAACAUGGCGAGAUCGAUAGGAUUGGAUAGGGCAGUCGUGGUAUUAAAGCAAGCGAGCGUGUUUGGCAUAGAAAUUGAGGAGCAAGAAAGGCAGAGGUUGUUGAAGAAGGCGAGAUUGUAUUAUACCUUGUGCUCACAGCAGACAGAGUGCAAUAUCCACACCGCCGUAUCUUCCCCUCCAUUCCCUUCCCCCUUUCCAGAAGUACCCCUUUCUUUCAUCCUCGGUACACCAGAUGCUUCCAGUGGCCCUUCCUCGAGAGACGCCGUGUUCAUAUACCGCAGUACCCUGUUUCAAAUCGCUGCUUCCGGUAUAGACGUCCCAGGCCCGAGCGCCUUUACGCCAGGAAAUAGAGCGGGAUGGCUUGACGCAUUAACGAGACACUCCGAAACGUUUAUGUCAAGAAUGGAUGCAUGGGAGACAGAUUAUUCAACCUUCAUGGCCAGUGCCCCUGGUCCCUGUUCCAUCCGUUUCCCAUUCCUUCUGUGGACCUGUGACUUCUACCGCCUCAAGGUCCUCUCCCGACUCAUUUCCACUUGUCAAACCGGCGACGUAUACGACUUCCUACACACCGUCGAUGCCCAUCUCCAUGCCUCUCGUGUUAGCUACCCCGCAAAUUGGGCCCCUUUAGCGAUACAGUCGGCAAAGCGGUUCCUAGGACGUUUCUUGGAGGCAGGGCAGAGAGGCUGGGACGUCAUAGGCGAGAGCGAUGGGCAGGGGUCAGAAGAGGAUGAGGCAAGGAGAAUACGGAGGGAGAGUACUGCCGCUCCGAAUGAGGUGUGGUUCUUUGCGGUGGACGCGAUGAAGAUGCUGGUGGAUCUACAGGUAGCAACGGAUGGAACCAGAGCUGGAUUUGGGGACUCGGAGUUUCCACCUGAGACCGUCACAGAGGAUAACCCGGGGGCUAUGGCGAGACUCCACGAAGAGACGGACAGGCUUUUAGCGGCGAUGGUGGGAUUGUUGAAGAAGAUGCACGAGACCAUAUCAACUUCAUACAACCGGCACCCUCAUGUGUCCACGCGUUGUGUAGAGUUGGCGGAAAGUGUGGUGAUGGGUUGGAGGACGCGGAUGGACACGCUCGGAGUAGGGUGGAAGGCAGACCAUAGGGUUUGGAGUGGCGUUGACGCCGACCAAGGAUUCAGGCACGGGCUGCAGCUAGGUUCAACGCCACCGUCUUCCAUUGCCUCUAGCAGUGAAUUCAGCGCGCCGAACCUUCCUGUCGGCAGCAGUCUAUACGAAGCAUUGGACACAGUAUCAGGAUCACCGCCACCACCAUCUUACUUCAACCAUUCGGACGAGAUCCACCUUCCACAUCGUCACUUCCACCCGGGCCCGUUUACAGCUGUGAUGGACAAUUCGCUUCCACAUCCACAUUCAUCCACGAAUACAGCAUUUCGAGCGCAUGGUGUACCGGCAUUGUUGGGCGCAUCGAGGAUCGGAACGUGGCAGGGCUCGUCAUCGUUCGUACCUCCGAACGACUCUGAUAGCUUGGAGAGAGGUUCGAUGAUGAGACACGGUCCGGGAACGCAGUGCUAGCAGGGGUAUGGAUAGACUGCGCUGGUGCAACGGGACAGGGACGGGCCCGACGUGACUUGGGCUGGGAGGGCCAUUUUCGAAUGUACGCGAACUUGAGUGAGGUUUCGUCGCUACUGAUCACAAUACC